AAUGAAAAACACCUGUAGCUGUAAACAAAACCCUCAACACACCCCCAGAUUUAGUGUCCACCCCUAACAACUCAUCCGAAGACCCUAGCUCCUCCUGAGGGGCACCUUGAACACUAAAAUCCAGUGUAUUCCCAGACUUUCCAGUGAGCUUGACAUAACGUCUCUGUCUGUCGUAGUGUAACCGUCGUGGGGGUCGCCUACAGUGCAUUCCGUUCGGUGUUCCGGUGCAUACAGUGUCUCGUGUUCCUCCGAAAAUCGGAAUCUUCCUCAACUUCUCCGACUUACGUAAUGACAAGUAUGUGAAUUAUAAAGUAAAAACGAUAUAAAUAAGUGAAAUUUUACGCUGGAAUAACCUGGAAGUGAGUGAAAAGUGCUCCAUUUGUGGGAACUGCGCAAUCUCUAGUGGCUAAAGCGAUAAUUCCCCCCCCCCUUUUCCCCGUAAUUAACUAAUCCUUAAUUAUCUGAUAAAAUGUAACUAGUGUAGUGAAGAUAAUUGUUAAUUGUGUAUGCAUUCUCUGGAGGAAAAUUUGUAAUAAAAAUUAACGAUAAUGCACACUGAGAACUGCUCCUCGUCGAAGCUCGAUACGUCCGAGAUAUCAUCUGUUCAGUCCACCGUAAACAACGUCUCCAUAUUGGAGGAGGAUCUCGCCCUCAGUUCGUCGACCCUCGGUGCGUCAAAAAAAUGUGAAGACAGCAUUGAAGAGCCCGAGUACAUCCCCUACAAGUCCUCGACCCGAGUGGUUUACCUAAAUGAGGACACCAUGGACUGUACAUACUCCGAGCCUGCGGGGACCCCUCGUACCCAGCCCACUACCGCCGACCCCACUUCCCCUGACCUCUUCAACACAGACUCCGAAACAGACUCCCCAAAGCCAAAAAACUCCUCGUUCACCCGAAUCCUCUCUCAACCCAGCAUCACAAUAUCCCCCAGGAAGCCCAGCCUCAGCGAACAGAUUCUAAAGUCAGAUGAAUAUCUCUUUAAGAGAAUUAGCAAGUCUCUAACUGGAGUUCCUCCUCCUCCCUCCCACACGAUAUCUCAGAGUGAUUGCACAGAUUUUCUCACCUGUAUUAAGCAAAAUCGUGAAUAUUUCUGGGCGAAUCCAUUCAAAGACGAGAAAAUUCUGGAGCCAGUUGUUGAAUCGGUUAAGAAUCCUCAGAAAUGUGAAGCAAAACCUCAGAUGAACCGUAGACCAGGAGGUUUACGUAAUUUGACGAAUGCCUUUGACGCCUGUGAUGCCUCGAGCAGCUCAAUAUCGACGACAAGAACCUCAGACACAAACACCACAACGGAUUUCAUUGACACGAGUGUACAAAGCACAGCGGAUCUGAGCAGAGAUGUUCAGAAGAGUCUUGAGGGUAGCGAGACUACUAGCGUUAUCUCCGAGAGCAAUAUACCAGUUGUAAAGGAUGUUAGUAGUAGACGAGUAACGUUUGAUGUCCCUGAUGAGGAGCAUCUAGCUAUUUUCAAGACGAUAGAGGUGAGCCAUGCUAAGGCUCUACCCUGGCCCAUCAUUUAUCAGCACAAGAGUCAAGGGAUUCACUACAAUAGAAAUAGAUUCAUGGAGGACUUUGAGAACCUGUCCAUGAGGCUGUGUCACAGGUACGUGGGUAACGAGACCCAAUCAACGUGCACUCCGUGGUUCACAAAACAGCCCCCAUCGAGUGUGAAGAAACGAAGCUUACUGGGUCGACGAAAUCUAGGUCAGAGUCCUGGAAAACGUCUCAGUCAUUUAGCAAGGAGACGGAGAACUUUCUCCUCUGCUAAUCUCCAAGGAAUGGCUGAGAAACGCCAGCUGGUUCUUAAUGUCAAGAAACCAGGAAUGAAGAAAGGAAAGAGUCCGAGGGGAAAGAGUCCUAGAGGGAAGAGUCCUAGGGGCUCAGCUAAGAAGAGAUUGGCCAGGAAAUUGCUGAUGGAAGGACCCAGUCCGAGGAAGGCCAAACUGGAGACAUCUAAACGUGCACUUUUUCAGAGUCCUCCCACUGAUCGUGCUGGGCCCAGUGUCAUCAGUAACUAUCAACCCAGCAAUCCUCAGAGGAUAAAACGGGCACUGUUUCCCACUCCAAAGAAAAAGGACGAUGUGAUCGUGGGAGGAGAGGAUAGAAAGGGAGAAGAGACGAAGAAGAGGAAGAACGACGAGGAACUAGAGGGACCAAAGAGCAAGUGGGCGAGGAGCAUGAGUUUCGACUAUUCACAUGUGGAUAAUUCGAAGGACUCGCACACUCAGAUCAGUGAAAUGAGUGAUAUUAAUCGAAGGAAACUAUUGUUCGCAGUUUCUGAUGCACUCCGAGGUAAAGGAGUAUCGGUAGGGCAUCCAAAAUUUAAACAAUACGCUGGGCAGCUAGCUAGAAUUGUUAAAAAAUACAUGCCAGACUUGCAGAACAGAAAUAUACCGAAGAAGCCUGGCAGUACAACGGACCGGAUGCUUAAGCUGGCUAAAACCUACGUGCCACUCGUCAUGGAGCCAAUUGCGCCCAGUUAGUCAAAAAAAUUUAAUUAAAUUAAUUAUUGAUGAAUUAUUGGUGAAUUAUCAGUGACAUGAGCACUCUGACGUUGAUUCGCAGUGACGAAUCACUGAUUUUACUAUUUAACUAUUAAAUGAUUUGACAAUUAAGUGUUGAAACGUGGACAGGAGUGAUGGAUAAGUGGAAUGAGUCCAAGAAUUUGAUAUAAGCGUACGCUGUGUUACUAGUGCAUAAAUUUUCAAUUUUUCGCAUGCACAUGUGACUUAUUUUUCAUUGAUUAAAGGGUUAAGUGCGUGAAGGAAAAUUCUAACUACUGGAGGAAGGCUUACAAGAAAAAGUCAACAGAACUCUGUUUUACUUCUUCGAAUUAUCCAAGUGCUUAGAUAUUUCCUUCCGAAAACAUUCGUUAUUUCAGAUGAAUGCAUGACCUAAAAAAAAUUGACAUCGAAAACAACUUUUAAUUGAACAUGCAUUUGAACAAUUCCACUAUAUGUUUUUAUAGUGGCUGGAAAAGUAUUAAAGACUAUUGUUGACACAUACCAAAAUUAGCUGACAUGUUUUGCUGAGCUUCCUAGAUGUCAAAAAAUUUUAUGAACUGAGAAGAAAAUAUUUUUUAGUGCCGCAUUGCAUACAUCGCGUGCUAUGUGUAUAAUUAUUUAGGGAGAAUCUGAGCCCGAAUCAUUCAGAGUUUAUACUCCCUCGAGGAAGUUUAUAAGAGUUUUCCGUGUAGCACACGAUUACGAAACUCAUGCCUUGAAAAUUUCGAAGACCAAAAUAUUUAGCGCUAAAUAAAAUAGAGUAAAUCCAUACGAUGGAUUUUCAUUCUCAAUGCUAAAUUAUUUUAAUACUAAAAUUGCGCUUAAAUUGCCUCCCUCUUUCUAUGUAAUGUUGUGCGCUUGAUAACUUUCGAGCUAUGAAUUUGUUAAUACCAGUAAAUAUGUACUUCUCAACAAACGUUCUCAGUAUGAAAUCGUUCGGACUCAUUUCCUUAUCAUUUACAACUUCCCUAGUGAAAUAAUUGGUUGCAAAUCCGAGACUGUCUAAAAGACUUUAUAACAAUUCGGUAAUGAAUUUUACGUGUGACUGUUACCUUCCUACUGGCGCUUCGAAAUAGUUAUAACAAUAAUUUAAUUCUAGAAGGAAAAAAAAAAGCAAAAAUCAUAAAAAAAAUAAUACAUAAUUAAACGGGGAUGGAUUAUAUUAUUUAAGGCUAUUUUUAUUAGCAAUAAAAUAGUAUAUUUUCCAACUUAUAAAUAAACAAUGAAAAGACGCUACUUUGGAAAAAAUAAUAUAAAA